AUGUCAAACGCAAGCAAGGCAAAGCGCUUAAUGGACACCAUCACAGAAGCACAUCGCAUGUCCUACAGAAUAGGUCGCGGCGAACAAGGCGUCUUGACAUUCGAACCAUACAAAUCACACAUCCUUCCACUAUGGCGUUUCCGCACAGUCCCAAUCGCAAAAAAGAGUGCCGAAGACCUUUGGAAAAAGUUUAACGAGUUCAAAGACCAGCGCGACUUUGUUGGCAUGGACAUGACGCGCAAGUUUAUCCAGAUGGGCAUGACGCGUGCGAAACGAUACGCAAACCACGCGGGCGGGCGCAAGUAUGCAAAAGGGACAAACAAAGAGCUACCAAAGAGUGAGGAACAUCCUGACAAAAAAGAAAAAGAAAGGGCGAGUCUCAUCUUUCGAGGGUAUUGGGAACGGUGCAAGGAAGACGAGGAGUAUCAGGAUCUCAAGACCGAGUUUUUGAAACAACAGAAAGAACGGGAAAAGUCAUAA